UCAAGAACUUAAUUAUGGUUAAUGUUAGGUGUCAAAUAGAGUGAUGAAAUGGAAUUUACUAGCCGGAUUAUAAACUAUUUGAAGAUAUAUUGAAUUUGUUUAACACAACUAUCUCAACGCAUUUAAAACUUUAACAGAUAGCCGUGAUGAAAGUGUUUCUACACACACGAUAUUAGAUGGCAACAGACAACGCUUCUUCGGAUACUCUCAACCUCUCGGAAGAAGAGAUUGCAGAGUACAAAGAAGCGUUUAACAUAUUCGACAGAGAUGGUAGCGGAGCAAUAAGUAGCCAAGAGCUCGGCAUUGUAAUGCGAUCUCUGGGUCAAGACCCUUCCGAGGAAGAGCUUGCAAAAAUGAUACACGAAGUGGACAAAGACGGCAACCAGGAGCUUGACUUUGAUGAAUUCUGCGAGCUGAUGAGCAAAACCAAGAAGGAUGUGACGAGCUAUAAAGCAAUCGAAGAAGCGUUUAAAGUGUUUGACAAGGAGGGAAAAGUGUAUUAG